AUGACUACUAUCGCCAAGACUGUUCUCAUCACAGGUGCCACCCGCGGGCUUGGCCUCGCAUUUGCCAAGCAUUAUUCAAAGGCGGGCUGGAAGGUCAUCGGCACGGCGCGCAAUGUAGAUGCGGCCGACAAGCUCAAGGAGCUGUCGAUCUUUAGGAUCGUACAGCUGGACAUGAGUGACGAAAGUUCGAUUGCCCACAUGGCCAAAGAGCUCGACGGUGUCCCCAUCGAUCUGCUCAUCAACAACGCCGGUGUCGCGGAGCUAGACUCGUAUACCACAGCCACCAAGGAACACUUUAUGCGCCAAUUCGAGAUCAACUCGGUGGGUCCGUUCCUCACUACGCGUGCACUGCACAACAACCUGAAACUGGCUGCUGACGUGCAUGAGCUCGCGGUCGUCGCGUCCGUCUCGACCAUCCUCGGCAGCAUCGAGGCGAAUCUGGACGGGGCCUUUGGUCCGCCUGAGAAAGUCUACUACGACAACUUCAAACUACCGAACGGUGGGCUGUACGGCUAUCGCGCGUCCAAGACUGCGCUCAACAUGAUAAACGCCAAUCUGGCGAUGGACCUUAAGAAGGACAAGAUCGCCGCGAUUGUGCUGCAACCGGGCUACGUCAAAACUGACAUCAACCACCACAACGGCGUCAUCGAGCCCGAAACUUCCGUUGCUGGUAUGACUACGGUGCUUUUGGGGGUCACACUCGAAGACACAUCCAAGUUCUACGACUUCCAGGGGCCUGAGCUACCAUGGUAG